AGCUGUUUUCUCAGCAGGUCCACUGGUUGUCUGAGAAAGUGAUGCUAUCUAGAUUUUCUAGAUCGUGUGUUUAAGGAUUAUGACACACCUUUAUAUAGACAACAAGACUCUACGUCUUACCUAAAAACAUCUGAUCAGCAGCAGUUACCGAUGCCUCUUCCCUUGACUGUGAAGCAUGAACAGCCAGUAGCCCAUGGGUAAUUAGUUUUGGCUGUGAUAUCAGUUUGUUUUUCAGAUCAGAUUUCUUCAGAGUCUUGUGUGGGCGAAAGCCACCGAGGACACCGGGUGAUGGCAAGGCCUUGGCUCGAGCACAUUAAAUUUAGUUACAGUGGACUCUGAGCUUUGAUGCAUUACUCCCAUGGAAGGUUCCCUAAUAGAAUAAGAAAUAAAAAUGACUCAAACAAUAUUUUUUUGUACACAUCAGAGUCAUUGUAGCCCAGCCCUUAGGUAACAGUUUAAAGGCCACUCAUGCAAAUUGCUUAACUUGCUACACCAGAAUAUCAGGAAAUUCUGCAUCACACAGGGUGUAUACUCACAGCUGCCAUUAUGAAGUACGCUUCAAGGAGUCAACAUUACUUUACACAUUUGUAGGAAUUCAAGGAUUAUAUGUUUACAUUUUAAUUCAUCCUGGGCCAAAAACCUCAAAAUGAUUGUGUUGCAAGCCGUUUUUGGAUACGUCUUCACUGCUGCUAUUAUAAUGGGACACUGUGUGUUACAAGCCAUUUCACCAUCCCCAUCCGAGGCUGGUGAGAGCCUGCCUGGCAAUUUCAUAGGGUUUGACUCAGCCCCUGACAAAGUGGUAGAUGGCUCACUGGUCCGUGUGCGGUAUCGCUGCUCUAGGCCAUGUCAGCUCGCAGUGGAGGCGGUGGUGUCUACAUUAAAGAAGACAGAUUUUGUGGUCUUCAGGAGGAAAUGGAUUGGCAACACAACAGGAGUUUACAGGAUCCACCAGGUGCUGCUCAGGUGGCCUCCGUCCAUUUUGUAUCAACACGACUUUCUUAACAGGCGCAUUUUGGAUGCCCAGAAUGUGACAGUUCGUGCUUGGUUAGACCAUCUUAAUAAUGGCAGUGAACCGGGGACUUACCAUGCCUCCAUGUUGAGGAUUUAUAAAGUGCUGCAGAUAAAACCACUCUCUGAGCGUCCAACUAAACCUCCUGCUGAGUGUCCUUCAUGGUCCGCUCAACUGAUGUGGCAGCUGACCAGCAACAGAAUUAAUCAUUGUCCACAUGAGUCAGACAGAAUCGAUAUGCUAAAGUUCCCACUUGCAAGUACUGGUGAGCACUUUGGAAUUGUCCGCAGGUUCCAGCCUUUUAUCGACAGAACCCUGGAGAGAGCCCGUCUUCAUGCUGUGACAAAGCCCAGCGUCACCUUAUCUGUGUGGAUCUACCUACUGAAAUGGUGUCACCAGGAGAACUGUGGGAUCAUCCAUCAUAUCAACAGGAACAAUUCAUACGACUCCAUUCUGAUGCAGCUAACAGACACAGGGGACAUCAUAAUUCAGGCACGUGUGAAGACAGGAGAAGAUGAAGCUUUCCAAGCAACUGUCGUCUUGCCCCUGCGGAAAUGGAUUAGAUUAGAUUGUUACAUACAGGACUCAAAGGUGCUGCUGGAUACAACGUGGGAUGAUGAAACCAGCAGAUAUGUAUAUGAAUUUCACGACAGUAUCCAUUAUGAUGAUGCUGAUGGAUACUUUGAGAUUGGAGGAAGCAGGUACAUACCAGGCAUCCAUGGGUAUUUUGGGCCAGUCAGAUACUAUCGUUUAGGGACUGAAAAGGUAAAAAACCCUCAGACAACAUUACAUGAACUGGAUAAGACUCAUCAGGAGUGUCAUGAAAUGAAAGCAUUUGCAAGAGCAUUCCUCAAGCAAGUAACUGAGAGUCACCCCCCCUCCACGAUCAAAGGUGUCUGUACCCCUUAUUUCAUAAGACUGUGUGGUCAGAUUGGAGAGAAAAUCAGCACACAAACAUGGACCUGGGAAAAGCAACUUAAAUACAGCACACUUUUUCAUUUCCUGCAAAAACAUGAAGAGGAAAUCAAAACAGGAUCUUUAGGCCUGAAGGACCUCAGGAGUGGUGCUUUGUUUGAGCAGGCAGUUAGUACAAUGUUCGCCGUGAAACAGGCAGAAAGUAAUAUCACAUCUGAGUCAACAGCUCUGCUACAAGUAUCCUCCUGCUUUGGAAACCACAAAGCAUCUCUCUUGUUGGCCACUAUCCACCUCUCUGGCCUUGGACACACAGUGGAUAAACAACAGGGUCAUGUCUAUAGCUUGAUUGGUGCAGCGGGUGAUAAUCGUUUCGCCCUGAUGCAUGCAGGCUACAAGCACUCACAAGGGAUUGAUGGGUUUCCAAAAGACUUGGACAUGGCUUACAGCUACUAUUCCAACGCUGCGGCACAGACUAGCAUGGAUAGCUUAAGGAUACAUGAAGAUAAUCAAUACCAACCUGAAGACAUCUAUCUAAGCAAUCCAGAGGAUUUGAAUAGCGUCAUACAUAACGCAAGUGACAUCAUCCAGUACCUGAAAUACACCGCAGAGCAAGGAGACAUAAAGUCUCAGAAAACUCUGGGAACAAUGCUUUACUGGGGACAGCGGGGACUUGUGAAAGACACAGUGAGCGCGGUGAAGUGGCUUGAAAGGAGCGCUCUGCAGAUGAAAGAUCCCUCAGCGAUGUACGACUACUCCAUCCUAUUGAUGAAGGGCCACGGAGUGAAAAGAAACUACACUCGAGGUUUUCGUCUGCUGAAGAGAGCUGCAGCAAUGGGCUCAAUUAACGCCUUGAAUGGUUUGGGAUGGUACCACGGGAUUAAACUGAACGACCAUGAAAAUGCAGUGAAAUAUUUUCAACAAGCCGCGCUGAACGGGAGUUACGAUAGCAUGUUUAACCUGGGACUUUAUCAUCUCAGUGGGCAAAUCCCUGGCAGCCCUCGGAGGAAUCAGACGGCUGCAUUCCAGCAGUUUCUUAAUGCAUCCCAGUUUGGUCAUAUAGCUGCAUCAGUGGAAGCAGCUUGGUACCUUUCAACAGGAAGCCUGGAAGGGGUGUCUCAGGAUGUGGAAAGGGCUGUGAUAAUGCUAAAAAAGGUCUGCGAACGGAACGGACACCUUGGAUUUAUGAUCAGAGAGGCGCUCCAGGCCUACCUCCAGGGCUCUUGGCAGGAGGCAUUUGUGAAGUAUGUUUUGGCAGCUGAAAGCGGUCUGGGUUUUGCCCAGAGCAACGUUGCACACCUGUGUGAGGAAUUGAAUCUCAGUCAUGAUUGUCAGUGGAGAUAUCAUAACUACUCUAUAUUAAACUACGAUCCCCAUCCGUCCGCUCUGCUGAAAAUGGGAGACUACUACUACCUUUCCUCCAGCACCAGAGAAGACUCAUUAUCCUUGGUCGGUCGGGCCAUAUCGAUGUAUGGCAGAGCAGCUGUAGCAGGCAGCCCUCAGGGAAUGUACAACUUGGUCGUUUUGGCACAACAAGGGCACAUUCUUCCAUUGAGCAUCUACAACUCAUUUAAUGUGUCACAUCAUGAAGAGCAGGACGUUGUGGUGGAGAAGAUCUUAAAAAGAUGUCUGGAGACUGAGGAUGACGGAGCAGUGACGCCUUGCUCUUUAGUUCUUCUCGGAGUUCAGAUGGGAAAAGCCUUGAGGAGAAUGACUCAGAACGGUGCACAGCUCCUCUUGGCAUAUGCAUCCCUUCUCUCUGUCACUGUCAUUACUGUCAUUAUGGCUUUGCAGAGCUGUCUCGAACAAAGGCCUCCCCGUCAGCGUGCGGUUGCACUGAGGGCAGGGGCAUCAUCUGUCAGCCAGGAUGUCAACUUGAAUAGAGAGCAAGAUGGCAUCAUGGGAGAGACCUACAGAGCAGCGGGGAAUCAAUGGCUUACCAUCCUGAAUGGCAAGCAGUGGCUCCGGCAGAUGGGAGAUUUUGCUGUGACCCUGUCGGGCGUGUGCCUGUGUGCUUUCUGGACCACACUCCUCUAUCAUCUCUUAUGACAGAGAAUACCCAGCACAGUGAUCCAAUAGCCACAGCAAAAGCCCCAGACACUACACAUUGUAAGAGCAUACAUUUAGCGGAUGAGUUGGAGCUAUUCAUGUGACACAGUUGUGUUUCGGAGGCACGUGAGUCAUUUUUUUCUAGUGAAGUGCUGAUGAGUAUGUGAGUGUUCUGCGUUAUCAGAGAGGUGAUAAUGUUUCCUUAGCAACCAUUAUUCAAUAGUUUUGUUUGUGGGAGAUUAAAAAAAAGUAUCAUACGGUUCAUUUAAUUAAUGCUGAGUCCAAGCCAUAGUUUAUAUUGUCCCGGGGAUGUGGUGCCAAGUGAGGGGAGUGAAGCUUCUUUUGUGCAACAUGUAAGUCCAGUAAAACAUAUUUCAACAAUGAGUGUUUUCGUGAUAAUUCAGUUAUAGUUUUUUUGAAAAAAAUCAGGUAAAACAGAUAAGGACAUUCUCUGAUAGCUGCCCUUUAAAAGCCAUAAAGCCUCAGUGAUUGAUAUAUUGGAAGAUGUCACACUAGAAGCUAAUAGCUUAACUAUUAAGACUUGUUCCAUGCCCUAUCAGCGGCAUGUCGAUCAUAAGUGUCACACAGUAGACUGGACAUGCAACAGCAGCAUACAAGGGGCUCUUAAAUAUUUCGUCCAAGGCCAGAGCAAUGUAAGCUCACAAAUUAUUGACUCAGUCUCUGGUCAGGCAGGCGCUCCCGGUCGAUACAUCAGAUAAGACCAUAUCAGCUUCAGCCAUCGCUUGCUGGUGACGACAACAAGAAAAGUUUGGCUAGAAGGGAUAAGUUACUAUAGAAAUAGACAACUCCUCAAACACAUGUUUAGAGUCUUUGCCGGGCUGUUAGUUCAAAAAUAUUGCUUCUUGUGUUGCUUUUGUCACUGUGUUCAAGAUAACAUAAUGGGCAAUAAAUUUGAGGGAUUUUGUUUCUAUGGCCACCAACAAAUAUGAGGAAUAGGUGGUGUCACUCAGUUCUUAACAGUUAUUUACAGCUCAGGGUGACUUGUAAUGAUGUGCAGUUUAUAGCAGUGAGUGUUGUUGCCUGGCAUUCAUGGAGCUGUCAUUAGUUAAAUAAGGAGUUUCACAGUGUAAACAGCCCCAUGCGGAGCUCCUUCAGUUUAAAGUGAUGUCGGUGUAUAAUUUGGGGAUGGAAUAAUGAUCUCCCUCUUCCUUCUUCUAUCUCUGUCUCUUAUGUUGUCUGUGUCUGGCUCUUUCUUUAAAGGGACAGCUCACCCAGAACAAAACAACACAUUGACUUCUCCCACGCACAUUUUUUUAAAGAUGUUUUCUGCAGUUUAUGUGGUAGCAUUUUACUGUUAUUGCUGUUUUAAAUGGCUCAACACUAAAUCCUGAUUGUGAAAAUGGAAUGAACAUUUUAGAUACCUUAAUCUGUGUCAACACUUGAUAAAGCUUGUUGGUGGAGGCUGAGAAUUACCCAUAUUGUUACCUAACAUAAAGGUUGAUACAUUUCCAUCACUGGUAUGUUUAAGGUAUGUUAAAACAAUCACCAAUGUGGGAAGCUUUGUUUGAAAGAAAGAGUUUAUGAAUGUCCAAAUACUUUGCUUUCUUGCUGGGAGUUAGAUAAGAAGAUUGAUACCUGUCAUGUGCUUUUAUGCUAACUGCAAAGCUACAGUCAUCAGCUGGUUUGGUUAAAAAGGAUUCAGACUGGACACAACCUUUUUGUGCCACAGGAAUGAGUUAUAGUCCCUGAAAUAAAUUAUAAUUUUUGCAGUUCCAGUUCCCACAUCUUAAAGUCGUUGGGUUUCUUUUGAAUGGGUUUUCAGAUGAUUGCCUGAAAUAAGAUCUGUGGUUAACACAAGCUUAAGAGAUUUGUUGUUUGACCCCAUGUCUGAAUUAUAAAUGUUUAUGUGUCACCAUAAAGGUGGUUGCUAAAUGAGA